AUCGAAUCUUGUAUCGUGCGCGCCGUGCCGCUGCGUGGCAGUGCGAGCGGCUUCGAAAUUUCCCGCGCGACGCUGAGCGUUUACGAGGCGGCGCGAACGGGAAGCUAGACGCGACGUGAGUCGAGACAGGUGAACGAGGGGGGACAGAGAGAGAGAGAGAGAGAGAGAGAGAGAGAGAGAGAGAGAGAGAGAGAGAAGAGAGAGAGAGAGAGAAAGAACGUCGCUGCGCGAUCAUAUAUUAUAUAUUACAUUCGUCUCUAUCUUCCGUGACUCGAGCCACGGGACGCGACGAAGGAGUUCACGAAUCACGCGGGACUAUCGCUCGGCGACUUGGCGAUCUACGAAGCGUAUGCACCGCGGCCGGCCCGCUCCCGCCCAAGUGGCCUUUCGGAACGCUCUAGUUUUGUCGUGCCGGGUGCACGCUUUUGCAUGCGCACACGCCGCGUGUGUUGUUGAUCGUCGCCGUACACGAGGACUGCGUGCCGUUCGAACGUCGGACCGUCUCCUACCGCCGUACUGACGAGGCACGCACACGCGCCCAUUUUCCCGGUUUCGCUCGGUCGCGUGGUACUGCGCAGUCCCCUCUCCCCUCGGGGGAUCCCUCGCUUCUCUCGUACCCGGCACGUGAGAUAGCGUGCGCGCGCGCGCGUCCUACGUGCGUACAUAACCCGCGUGUGCCGAGGGUGCGUGCCGUUUGUAUGUCACGGCGUGUGCGGUGCUCGCGACAAGUGCCGGUUAAGCGUCCCAUUCGGCGCGGGACUGAAGAUGGAGAACACGACGUGCCCGGCGAAUAUGCUGGGAGGCGCGAGCGUGACGGUACCGCUGCUCUUCGCGCUGGUCAUCGGCGGGGUCGGCUGCGUGGUCUACUACGCCCUGAGCCGGCGAUCGCGUUCUCUCCAGGACUCGCAGAAACCGACAUACUUUCAAGAGGUCAAGGAUGGAUUGGUCCCAGCAUCGAUAUCAUAUACACCUCCGCCAACACCGGUAACAAUGCAACCUCGUGAGUUCGGUAGUAAACGCGCGAAAAAUAAGAAACGUCGAGAGGCCCAGCAAGAACGAGUACAACACCCUUGGAUGACCGGUACACUCAAAGGACAUACGGCCGUGGUAAACGAUAUGGACUUCUCCAGCAACGGCAAAUACCUUGCAAGCUGUGCAGAUGAUGAGAACUCGCGUGAGACGAGAAAGCACGUCCAGUCCUCGGGGCAGUGCCACGCGUAUAAGAAAAAAGAGUCCAAGAAGAAGACACCGAGGACGUCUUCGUCGCUGCAAGCAGACCGCGAAGAAUCGCUGAGCUCCGUAGGUCGCGGGGAUAAAGAAACGGGGAAAGCGUCCAGGAGCAGGAGUCGGGAUUCUUCGCGUAUUCCAUCUCAGCGCGGCACGGUGUCGGGGCUCUCGUCGCCCGAGGCGUCCACCAGCGACACGUCCAGCAAUGGCGAUAUCCUGGAUGCGAGACAGUGCCAGACAACGCUGUCAUACUACGACUACCUGGCGCUCACGUUACGGAACUACGUGCUGUCACCGGCUGAGCUGUACGAGCACGGUUACCCCGUUGAGUCGAGCAAAUUUCCGGGUUACGCGAUGAUACACAACGUGUUGUACCCCGUCGGGCCCAAGAGUGACAGCGAUAGCGGACAGUACAGCAAUUCCAGCUCGUCCGACAAUUCCGAGCAGGAUAGCUCGUCCGAUAAUGGUGACAACGAGACCAGUCCCGUUAAAGAGAAGGGCCCAGACGACAAGAACAGCUCCGGAAGUGACGGGGGGUGCGACAGCGAGAGGAGUUCUGACAACAAGAAAAGCCCGGACGACAAGCAGAACUCCGAAAGCGAGAAGUGCUACGACAGCGGGAGCAAUUCCGGCAGCGAGGAGAGUCCGGAGAAUAAGAAGAGCUCCGAACACAAGAAGAACUGUAGCAGGAAGGGUAGUUCCAGCAGUAACAGUUCCGAUGACGAGGUGUAUCUGGACAAGAAGAGCCUCGACAAAGAAAAGAUCUACGACAACGAGAGCAGCUCCGACAGCGAGAAGGGCCUAGACAGCAAGAAAGAGUUCUGCAAGGCCGGCAAUACCAAGUUGUCGAAGAGGACGUGCGCCAGGUGCCAAAAGGUGUUCACCGUCAACGAGAACGGCGAGUAUACGAGCACGGAGCGUUGUAUCUACCAUCAUGGCAAGCUGUACAACCGCAUGUUCGACAACGGCUUGACGUACUGGACAUGCUGCCACCAGGAUGGAGGCUCGCGUGGCUGCGUCGAAUGCAGGAUGCACGUGUGGACCGGCCUGUUCCCCGGGAUCAACCAGCCCUUGGAGGGUUACGUGAGCACCAUGCAGUCCCCGUACGCUGACAACCAAGUGUACGCAUUGGACUGCGAGAUGUGCUUCACUUUGCAGGGUCUGGAACUCGCCAGAGUGACCAUCGUCAAUCUGGAUUGCGAAGUAGUCUACGACGAGCACGUAAAACCGAGCUCCGAAGUAAUAGACUACAACACGCGAUUCAGCGGCAUCACGGAGGAAAGUAUGCUUCGCGCUACCAAGACUCUUCCAGACGUGCAGAAUGACCUCCUCGGGCUUAUCUACGCCGAGACAAUUCUGAUGGGUCACAGUCUCGCGAACGAUCUCAAGGCCCUGCGCAUGAUCCACAAGAACGUCGUCGACACCAGUGCGCUGUAUCCGCAUUACCGCGGUUUGCCGUAUCGUAACGGCCUGAAGACUCUAGCACGCAAGCACCUCGACAGGACGAUACAGGAGGAGACGCACGACUCCUGCGAGGAUGCGAGGGUCGUCGUCGAGCUGGUCGUCAAGAAGAUCCAGUCUGAGAGGGAGAAUAGCGGCCAUUUCUCCUAUCUACACGCGUGAGCGGCGUCCUUUUUCCCUCGUUAGCAGCUAGGUCGUGGAAAGAAAAAUCGUCACCUCGAGAACGGACUCAUCUGCGUAAAGAAAGAACUUGCUCGACAGAAAGACGCGCGGUGAGAUAAUGUCGCGACGAGAAGCGAACUAUAAUUAAGAUAAUGUGUGAAACAAAGGUGGGCUGGGCCUUUUCCUAGUGUUCAUUUCCAGGUGAAUUCUGUGAUAUUACAAAUAUAAUGCAAUGCGUUCCUCACGUGCGCGUUCCUGCGUCCGCGUUUGCCUCUGAUAAUAAAGGGAUGCGAUUGUGAUCACGCGCACAAUACAUAACACAUAGACGUAACGUGCAAGCGCGGAAAUAAUUAACAAUCACCACGGAGAAGUUUACAACGCGCAGUCGAACAUAUUUCUGGAAGACUUUAAAUCUACACUAUUUUUCAUUAUUCUUUGCACUUUUUACACUGUGCUCUACGUCUUUUGUACACUAUCGCUACGCUUUUACCUGACUAUCGAUCUGAUGUUACUUUAAAACUUUAUCUCGAACUCGCUUUCUAUUUUAUUUUCGAAUUGAACGACGAUCGAUUGACCGAUUGAGCCCUUUAUAUUUCAGACUAUUAACUAUGUUCGACUAUUAAUCGGAGUUUCUUUGAAUUUCAUCUUUCUCCGAUGUACACUUUUAUAUAUCCGUAUGUGUUUUGUAUUGUAUAUACGUAAUUUUCAUAGCGUUUUAUAUAAUUGUACAUAUUAUAUUAUCAUUUGAUUGCAAUUUUGUACUCGCAAAGAUAUGUAUAUUCGUGAAAAUUUACGUAUUUAACACGGAUACGUACGCCUUCAUUAUUCAUUAUCACUUAGCGUAUUCACACCCAUCCUGUCCUGCUCAUCACGCAUCAUUCUCCAUCGGCAUCGUCGUUUUACUAUCCGCGAGGAGGGGGACGAGCGUCAUUGAUGCCGGUUGGUAAGUGCCUCUUGCUUCAUUUCUAUCGAUGAUACGCAUUUAAGUUCCGCUCGAGAGGACCGUGGUCUUUUCUUCAAUGCGACCGUGACGCCGAGUAUUUGUUAACGUGGUUCGCCAACUGUAAAAGGAAAAUACUCAACUCAGCGGCUUUCGUAGCUUGACUAGUUUAAAUUGAUCGAUUAAUUAAUUAGUUUUUAUUCUCCGAUAAAAAUUGUCCUCGCUGCGCUUAAUCGCGAUGUUAAUAACGCAUUCAAACUUAUCGAAAGUUAACAAGAAACGUAUCAAUCCCCUUAACGAAAGUGGCAUUGCUUGACACGUGCAAGAUGUAUAUUCGCGCGAUCGAUGGAUCUCGAUCGAAUUGCAUUCCUGCGCGAAUAGACGCGACGGCGAAUUACGCGCCAAAUUGAUACCGCGGGUGUUAUCAUCGUUUCCUCUUUUAACGUGCUACCAAGUGCGAUGUUCCAGCAAACAAAGUUUGCGAGCCACGUACUGCUUUUGCGCGUCGGUUUUUACGAUCGGCCACGUGUGUGAUACACGCGCGUAGCCGCUUAUCAAUUUUCAACGCGAACACGGUGAAUUCUCUUAACGUUUCGACGCUCGUCCGUAUAACAGUAGACAAUGUAAUAUUUUCACGAGAGAGAGACUGCCAGUGCUUUUAUCGACAAAUCUUCCUGCCCCAUCGCCCGCAAUCAUCUCGUCUCAUUGUCAGUAGUUAAUGAUCGUGUAUAGCGAAGUCAUUCAUAACGAAUGUAAUAUUUCAAUGUAAAUAAAUGUCGCACCUAAGUAUGGAGACCCCCGACGGAUUUUGUAACGAUAGUAUUACCUUGUACAAUUUAUAUGUAUUUUUCUAUCCUCGCGUGUUGUAAUCGACGUUUUAUACACUGUAAGUAGCAUUAGCGAUGAGUAAAAUUACUUUCAGCUUUGCUUCGUCUCUCCCUUGUCACGAAAUUUCACCGUGAAAAUUGCGAAGCACGAUCGUUUCGUCGAUCUUUAAAGCUAGACGGAGAAACAACGGCUAGAGAAAAGAAAAACCGAGGUCAGUAAGCUUUACUCAUCGCCAUCGAUCUUAAAGCUUGACGGACAAUUAGCGACAUGAUUGUAUGAUGAAAAGUGAAGCAGCAAGGUAUGAGGCGCACUCGCGUCAUGAUUAUGAUCUCAUUGCAGAUUCCGCUACGGAAUCAUCUUAUUUACAUAGUGAUAUAGCGCGUGCGUUAUUAUUUUAUCAGUAGUCCCCCGACGUAGCUGCAGCACUACGUUUAACCCUGAAAGUCGCAAGCCAGCUUGAGGGUCAGGGCAGCCCAUUGGACACUCAGCCUGAUCGAGUGAAAUUUGACAAUUUCAAAUUUCAACGGCAAUUUUUUCCCAAUGAUAUACACGGGUCUUAAAAGCGGCCUAUCUUUUAAGACUUUCGCGAAGCAACGAAUAAGUGUCCCGCAAAAUAUAUUCACGGGGGGAGUGUCCAACGAACGCCCUUUUCAGGAUUAAAGACAUUGUCAUACAGCUCCAAACAUAAUAAAAUAUAUGUUGAUUAUGAAAUAUAUGCAGCAUUGCC